CCGCCCAUCACCACGGCCCCCCUCCAUCGCGACAUCAGAAGCGCGUCUGGCCCGCGUCUGGACCCCUUGGCUGUCUGUCGCAUCGCCGCGGCGAUUUCGCGGUGGCAGCACCGCAACCAGAAGCCAUGGCCACCACCCAGCCAUCCACGUCGACGACGCCCGCGACGGGCCCGGCGACGGCCAGCGCGACGGCAUCGCCCGUCGACGACAACAACAACGACGGCAACGGCGGCAGCGGCAGCAGCAGCAGCGCCAGCGCCAUCAACACCAAUAUCAAUGCCAACGCCGUCGCCACCGCCAACAGCAAUAACAGCAGCAGCAGCAGCAGCAACAACAACGCGAAUGAUGACAACGGCAACGGCAGCGGCGCGAAGAACAGCCCUCCGAAAUCCGGCGCCCCCGCCGCCGAUGCCAUACCCGUGCGCACAAAAGAGUCGUUCAACCAGCUGAUGGUGGAGCGCUACACGACGCGCGACGCCCUCGCCGCCGCGGCCCUCGGUCAACAGUUGCAGCAGACCAAAAAGUCGUCGCAAGAGGCGCGUGAGAAGAUACAAGAGUAUCGCAUGCUGCGCAACGAGUACAAGGCGUGGUUUCCUCCGAGCAGGCUUUUUGGCGAGGGCUACAACGGCUUCGCCAACGGAUACACGGAGAACCAGAUGCAGCCCCCGCAGUCGCGGAUCGUCUACCCGUCACAGAAGCCCCGACCUGGCCGCCGAACGACACCCGCUUUCAAGUACGCGCGCAAGGACAUGCUCAAGCAGGCCGAGCAACACGAGGAGUUGGUUCCGGUGCGGCUCGAGGUCGAGUGGGACAAGGUCAAGCUACGCGACACCUUCACGUGGAAUCUUCACGAGCGCAUACUGCACGUCGAGCUCUUCGCCGCUCAGCUUGUCGAGGACAUGGGACUGAAGCAGCCUGCUGCGCAACCAGUCUACGAGCAGAUUGUCCAGCAAAUGCGCGAGCAGCUCAACGACUUCUACCCGUUCGCCUUUUCCGAGGAGGACGCGCUUGAUCCCGAGCUGCCAUACUCGGCGUACAAGAAUGACGAGAUGCGCAUCCUGGUCAAGCUCAACAUCACAAUCGGCCAGCACACGCUGGUAGACCAGUUCGAGUGGGAGAUCAACAACCCGGCAAACUCCCCAGAGGAGUUCGCAGCCGGCAUGGCUCGUGACCUCUCGCUUAGUGGCGAGUUCACCACAGCCAUUGCCCACUGCAUCCGCGAGCAGUCGCAGCUCUUCACCAAGAGCCUCUACAGCGUGGGACAUCCCUUUGACGGACGGCCAGUCGAGGACUCGGAUCUCGUGGCCGCGUUCCUGCAGACUCCCCUUCCCGUUGUGUUUCGGCCGCAGCAGCAAGCCAAGGACUACGCGCCGUACAUUUACGAGCUUAACGAAGCCGACCUUGAGCGCAACGAGACCAUCUUUUCGCGGGAACAGCGACGUCAGAAGAGGUCCAUCAACCGGAGAGGCGGUCCCCAGCUUCCCGAUCUUCGAGAGCGGCAACGGACGAUCCGGACGCUCAUCGUUUCGUCUGUGCUGCCCGGCGCGGCCCUUGACGUUGAGGAGAGCAGGCUCUACAAGAAGGCGGCGGGCGUGGCCAGGAAGCGGACGGCCCGCGACGGCGAGCUGUCCGAGUCGGAGGAGAGCGAGGACUCGAGCCCAGACUCCCCUGCGCCGUCACAACUCGCCGGUGGCACCGCCAGGACGAGGGGCAUGCGCGGAGCCGCAUCCGCGGCCCAGCAGAGGAUGGCCAACCUGGGCCGCUCGGAAACGCCCGAGACGAGCGCCGUGUUACACCAUCACGAGACGAGGACGUCGCGUCGCUUCAGGGAGGAGACGGAGGAGCCGUUGCACCUCUGGGUGACGCUGAAGCUCGCCAAGGACAAAUUACGACGCCUGCUGAGGGGCGACUACCGCGACCUGAGAACGUCGUCACAACCGCAGACGCCAUCGUCGACGCCGCACGCGCGCGCGGCCAGCGCAUCAAGCGUGCCAAAGUCGAAGCCCACGCCCACACCCGCUCCCCAGACCGCUGGCACUUACCCUCCGGGUCAGAUUGGUCGCCUCCCCGCCCCUCCCCCCGUCCCUGGACAGUCACCCCCUGCCGGACCGCCGCCGCCGGAAUGGCUUGUAUCCGCGCUGAAGCAGCUUGAGAAGCAGUACCCCAACGGCGACAAGUUUGAGGCCAUCAUGAAGUACUCGUAUCUCGAUCCCGUGACGGAGCUGCCUAUCCAGGGCCAGCCACUGCCCGAGGGCGUCAAGUACGCGUGGCUGCCACGCAUCCGGUGCCUGGACUGCCAGACCAAGCUAUACACGCCGGGGCCCGACAUGACGGCGCAAAAGUUUGAGACGCACCUCAAGUUCUCGAGCCACAGAGAAAAGGUCAACCAGAGGCUGGCCGCGCAAAAGAGUGGCAGCAGUAGCAGCGACGCCGGGGCGUCCGGCUCAUAGAAUAAGAUCGGGCGACCCCAGAAGCGCAGGCGGCUGGAGUAGGAUGGCAGCGUAGUUGUUUUUUGAGAAGUUGUGCCUCCCGCCCCGCGUUUUGGAUUUUAGGGGGGGACUGUAUUGUAUCUUGGGCGAGGGAUUCAAAAGCGGUAGCCGGGGAAGGGCGAGGCAAGGGCGAAAUGGGACUGUACUUAACGGGUCUGGUGUCUCUUGCAUGAUCUUGUCGUGGUAGACGUGCGGCCCCCGCGGGGGAUGGUUCUUUUGGUGCGCCGUACAUAGUUAUCCAACCCGCCCUCCCCGAUGUGCC